AUGGCGGUUCCAACCUUUGUGAUGUCGUGUUUCCGUAUUCCAAAGACGAUAACUAGGAAGAUAACCAGUGCCAUCUCGACUUUUUGGUGGAGUUCCUCGGGGCAAUCAAGGGGCCUCCAUUGGAUAGCUUGGGAUAGGCUGUGUUGCAGCAAAGAUGAAGGAGGCUUGGGGUUUAGGUGUUUGGACGAUUUUAACACGGCUCUGCUGGCGAAACAGCUUUGGCGGCUGAUUUCUGUUCUGGAUUGUCUCUUUGCACGGGUAUUUAAAGGCUGCUAUUAUCGGCAUUCUGAUCCUUUGGAUCCAAUUAAGUCUUAUUCCCCAUCUUAUGGUUGGCGGAGUAUAGUAUCUGCUCGCUCUCUGGUUAAUAAAGGACUGAUUACACGGGUAGGAUCUGGUGCUUCCAUCUCGGUAUGGACAGACCCAUGGAUCCCUGCUCAACUCCCGAGACCAGCACUGAGUACGGGGUCACCUGCUGACCCUUUGCUCCGAGUUUCAAACUUUAUUGACAGGACGUCUAACUCCUGGGACAUGGCCCAACUUAUAGCUACCUUUGUACCGGAAGAUGUUGCUAUAAUUUCUGCAUUACCAUUGCGACAACCGGAUAAACCGGAUUUGUUGGGUUGGCAUUUUACUAAGUCUGGUAAAUAUACGGUUAAAUCCGGGUAUCAUAUCCUCCGGUCCAAUGUGGCGGAUAUACCUUCGAAUCCAAGUAUUUGGGCCAAGCAUUGUACCUCUUCAGGCCUCUGUUUGGAAAAUCCGGUGUCCCCUGAAAUUGCGUCAUUUUAUGUGGCAAGUGCUUUCGGGUUGUGUUGCCGUGACGGCUAA